AUGUCAGACAAUAAUUCAUUUGAUGAAUUUGAUGAUUUUGAUGACCUUGAUGACUUUUGCACCGAAGAAACUUUUGCGAUACUAGAUCGGCUCGAACACGAGCAAGAAGCAUCACAAGCAACCCAAUUAAACACACUUUCCCGAUGUCUUCAAGAUGUUACAUUGGCAAGACAACAAGAACAACAACAAGCUAAUUGUUCAAUUGGGAAUCCACAAGAAGAGAUCGAUCGACUAAAACACAUGGUUCAAUGUUUGCAAGAGAAAAUCGAGUGUAUGAAUGAAGCUAGUAAAGAAGAAGAACACAAAAUUAGUCAAGAGAGAAUUCAAUUGAACUUCCAAAGACAAGAAAUCGAGUCGCAGAAACUAAAGAUGUUAAUUGUAGAACAAGCAAAGCAGCUAGAACCCAAAGAUCAGUCGAUCCAGUCAGAUAAGAAGAGAAAAAUAUUUCCAGACCAAUCUUAUUUUCAUCAUGUCCCAUCAAAGUUGUCUCAGCAAGACAACAAGACAGUGCACUAUCAAACUCAAUCUACUAUUAAGCCCACUGUCGAUUCCGUUCCUGGUCCGUCGGUACAGCCGAUAGCCCCUUUACAUGUACUACCACUUCCAUGUUCGCCUUCAACUCCUGUCUACAAAGUUUCCGAUAGUCCCUCAGAAAACUCGCGUCAAUUCACAAAAGAACCUCCGUCAAGUUCAUCUUUAGCAUCAUCAGAAAAACGAGUUUACACCCCAAGCGUAUCAAUACGAAAAAAGUCCAACCGACUCGAUCACUUAUUCGCCAGCCUACGUAACGACUGGAGUAAAAGAGACACCGCAUUGUCUGAAUUAGAUCCAGAAGAGGCUCAUAAACUUUUCAUUAACCAGCUUCGGCCAGAUCAAGAUACUGCAUCUUAUACGUAUAGAUUGAAUCAAUUAGCAAAUGAAAUUGAUAGUCUGCUGAGACGAUCGCCACAUACACCUCUUCAAACUACAAUCUGGGUCUUCCUCAGAUUAGUAAAAGAAGCGUUUUAUAUUUCUAUCAAUAGAAAAGAGGCUAGAUUAAUCGCAAGAUACCUUGAAAUAUUGUCUGUCUUAACAUACUAUUAUGAUGAAGCUUGUUUUUUUAUGGCCUUUGAAGACAACCAAGGUCACAUUCCGUCUCUACUAAAAAUCAUUAAGAGCUCAAUAGCCUAUUUUACUGAAACUAUCCAGAGAGAUAACCAAUACAAAAUAUUCUUUUGCCAAAAAAAGAUGAGUCUGGAAGAACUUUGUAAUAAGUUUAAAUACGAGACACCUGACAGUCUUGAAAUCAGCAUGAUGGUGGUUGCCUGUAAAAAAGAUGUAACAAAGGGUAUGAAUUAUAUAUUGGAUAUAUUUGGGAACCUCUUGAUGUUACCCGUGGAGCAUGCAUCUAGCUGUCUGGCUGAAUUCCCGCUUGAUGAAAUUAACGACAUUGUCAAAUAUGACACUAAAGAAGUUGCAAGACUUAAGCAGCUCAGAAGAGCAUAUGAGUCGAUGUGUAAGACAUCUGUGUAAAAGAAGUGUUUAUAUCAUUUUAUUAGCUGUAAUUUUAGGGAUAUUAUAUAAAUGUAUGUAUAUAAAAACUAUAUGUAAAGA